CUUGGUCUCAUUUUCAAUCAUUUCCUUCCACCUUACUUUACUAAUAUUUCCGGCAAACAAGUCCGUGAAAGCGUUUACAGCUGUAUAGACACAUGUUAAUAACUGUGGUAAAAAUAAUAAUUCCACCGUUUCUUCCGUGGCUGUUUCCUCUUCUUAGCUUGGAUCUAUGUGACUCUUCACCGCAUCCAGUGACUUCGAGAUACUCAUUUUCUAUUAAGUAUGAUGAUAAAAGAGGUGUGACAUACUUCUUCGUGAACAUAUCUUCAGAUGAGCUCUUUUUUGAUACUAUUCUUAAACAUAUGCUCAGAUUCGUGGGUCGUUGUGUCCCCUAAGAGUUUCUUCGACAUUUGGUGCGCCAUAGCUAUAUCCAAUUGUGCUUUCUUGUAUACAGGUCUUAUUUUCU